UAUUUUAAUAAUGCCUGCGCGGAAUGUUGUGACCCGAGCGAACGCUUUUGAAAGGUAGGUAGGGUAAAAGCCAUAAAUCAUCUCCACCACUUUACCAUAACAACGGCAUGGCAGGGCCGUUAGCUAGCAGCGUAUUCUAGCAACGGAAAGGACUUGCUCUAGUGUGUCAAAAAGUGCUACGAGUCUGAUUGAUAGUGAUCGAUUACCUUUCUCACUGACUACAUUAUUAAUGUCUUGCGCGAUAAUAUAAUAGCACACGCAGGGCCUCGCUCGUACGGGAAGAAAUAUUAAUAACAGUGGGAUUAAUUAAUGGAACUCGAACCUCUACUAUAGAACUUCGCUCGCUGGUUGUCGAAAUACCACAUAUAUCGGACACCACGUUUUUACUUCACGUCGUUUUCUGUCUAUCGUAGCGUGUAAGCCGUCUGCCUCACGAGAGCAAAUAUCGAAUCGUUUGGUAUAUUAGCUCAGACGGGGUUCUUUCAUGUUAUAUUAAAUCAUGUUUACGAGCGUACAACUCGAAGUAUUUCGCUUCUGAGCGUGCGAAUCGAUCGACGUGGCUUGUACACCUUGACGGACUUCGCUUCGGAAGGCAUUUUCUAUCGGGAAAUUCGGGCGGAAAAGCGUCGAACGAACGAGGAGAAAUAUGUUCCCAAUACUCCGGCACGGUUGUGACGCUUCCAAAGUCAUCAAGUUGAGAGCGUGAGCUCGUCGCAAGUGACCGGGAAAAAAUACAAAGAACUACGGCAGUGAGGACUCUGUAAACAGUGUCAGUGAUGGCCGUUCUAAUGGCAGCGUGGUUCUUUUAUGCUACACUGUGGGUGCUAAAGAGCGCGAUAUUGGUUCAUAGUGAAGGUGAGCCCAGGUUUCGUGGCACGCCAAAGACGAAUUAUAGUGCGUACUUGGGGGGCUCGGUCAAGCUAAAGUGUCCAGCCACUGGGACAAAUGGCCCGAAUACGAAAAAGACUUUCGUCAUCUGGUACAAAGGAAACGAGAUGAUUCAAAGCGGAGAUGAAAAAUAUAAGUCAAGAUUUAUGAUGGAUAGACCGAAGCGCCUGAAAAUUACCGGCAUCAAAAAAGAGGAUGCUGGAAUCUACAAGUGUAAUGCUUAUAAUAUGCAUGGGAAAAUUGAGUUGGUUAUUGUGCUGAAUGUUAAAAGUGUUAAAAAACCUGGAAGAGGAAAACCUCCGCGGUUCAAAGAAAAGCUGAAGAUAAAAAAGAAUUAUAAAACAGGCGAAACGGCUAAGUUACCAUGUCACAGCACAGGAGACCCUGAUCCCAAUGUGAAAUGGUUUAAGGAUGGCGUUCCCUAUGGUGUGAAUAGAAGAACAAGUGUCGCGGCUGACGGGUGGACGCUCAAUUUGAGAUAUUUGAAGACAGACGACACCGGCUUGUAUUCUUGUAGGGUCAGCAACAACGUUGGCUAUAUAAUCCGAAAUUUUACAGUCAUAGUAAAAGAACGGAGUAUGAAACCAGUUAUAGAAGAGCCUGAGGAAAAAAUGCGUGCGGUUUCACGGGGCCUUUCGGUAAAAUUCUUCUGUAAAGUUUCCAGUGUGGGUGAGGUGACUUUUGACUGGAGAUGGUCCCGCGAAAAUGGCAAUAAGACGGUAGAUUUGAAACCCUUGAAAGAGUUUGGUUCAAAAUACAUCGGGAAUGCUUCGUGCCAUUACGAAACCAGUCUCAAUCUUUUCUAUUACGAUGGCUUUUUGGUUAUAAAAAAUGUGGAAGAAAAAGACGAGGGAAGGUACAGUUGUUUGGUAAAAAACAAUCACGGUAAAGAUAAAAUGGAUUUCUUUCUUCGCGUGAAAAAAAGCGCCGAAACAGACGAAGAUCAGAAUGAAAAUCGAUUCUUGUUACCAGCGACGCAAAAGCCACCUCAUGGGACCUCUUCCCAGGAGGGUGAAAGAGUUGAUUCUGAAGAAGGAAUUUCAAUCACGCUUGUCGCUAUUUUGACGGCUACCAUCGUCGUAGCAAUGAUUUUCAUCGUCGUUCUUGUCAUGUGUUGUCGGAAACAACGCAAGAAUCUCGAAAAACAAUACGUGGACGAAUACCAGCCCCAGAGUUUAUUUCAACCGUACCCUGAGCAUACCAGUAUUUAUCAAGAGAUGCAGAGAUAUGCUCAAAAAAACCACAGCGGCAUAGCCGUUGAUGCAAAGGCGGGCUCAGAAAAUCCCCACAUAUAUGAGCAAGUUUCGUUUCCAAGUUCUCUGAACUCAUGUAAAACAAACGGCGAGUCGACGACAGCUCAGUCUGUUUCAAGCGAAAUGUAUUUAGCAAAUUCGAGAACGUCACUUCAGACUACGCUUUGUCAAGGAUGUCCACGAGAAACCUCGCUGGAUUGCAAAGGAAGAAACGAACAUUCGCUACCUCGAAAGACUGGAUCGAUCACGGGCGUGACUUUACCCGGUCGGGUCGCAUCCCCCGGGGUAACAACGUCGGGUAGCAACGUCGAAAAGAGAGUCUGGGAUAGCCAGUCGUCUUUGGAUGAUAAUCCAAGAAAGACUAGUCCCCAGCGCUCACGGGAGUCCAUUGUUUAAAGUGUGUGUAGCUUUGAGAAAAAUAUUAGAAAUUAGAAAUUAUUUAUAACCAUUAUGUACAGACAUACAAUCGCUAUGCUUAUUGCAAAACUACAGUGUUCCCCCUAAUUUAUCUACGGGUUUUUGUAUUUUCGAUCUCAAUUAUGAGACGUUCCUUCUUGAAAACGAUUGCUGUGUAAAUAUUGAAUUCAAGGCAGGCAGUAGGCACAUCCUUGAAUUGUUGUGUGAUAUUUGUAAGGUCUUGAGUGUCAGGCGUUUAAAUUCGAUACAUUUGAGCUUCAAAUUGCGUGAAUUUUUCAAUAGGAUAACUCCUAAAUUGUUGCAAUUGACCACUCGUUCGUUAAAAGUAAAGAAAGAAGCCUUUAACUAGGCCAGGUAGUAGUGGCUGUGAUAUAAAUAAUAGUCCAAGAUGCUUGUGUGAUUGGGAUUUAGAUAUGCGGAAUAGAGGAUACAGUUAAAUUAUUGAAGUCUGCAGCUAUUCUUUAGUAACAUGCUUUCGUGAUUGAUUGCUUCUGGAUAUAAAACAAUAUCAAGUUUUUAGAGUAUGGAAAAAAAACUCAUGAAUAUUUGCCUGAAAAAUCGUUCAAAAAAUACCUAGAAUAGACCUUUCUCAUAAUGACGACAAACGGGAUGGUGCUAAACGACGUUUGAUUGGCUCGUUAAUUUUGCGGAGCCAAUUAAACAUCUUGUGAUGUGUGCAUCUCACUUUUGACGUCAUUAUGGUAGGUUCUUGUUGAAUUCAACUGAAGUUUUUGUACAGUUCUGCCUGUGUGUAUAAAUGUGUAUAUAACAGAGUAUCGUGUAAAUUGUAUUUAAUGUACUUUACGUGAAAUGCAUGCUGGGUAACCGAACAAAUUACUAAAGAAAUAUAAAACA